AUGAAUCUCUUCAGGGCAGUGCUCUUGGCCUUAGUGUGGAGCGCGGAACAGGUCGCAUUCGCAAGCAUUCUCCAGUUCCUCACCGUUGAUCCAGAGCGUGGCGCUUACCUCGUUUUUCAUCCUGAUUCCGUUUUCAACAAGCGACAACUACCAGUCACAGAAGCCACUGCAGAAGAUCGCGCUUCUGGAGAUGACAGUGUGGAUGCUCUAAAAAACUGGUGCGAUCGCAUUGAAGAGCACGCUGGGUUUGGUGACGUUGAAGCAAGGACACAGAGCGAGGUCGAGGAAGAACGAAGUUGGAUGCUCAGGGAUCGACUUUAUGCGAGGAGAGAGGGGGUGUAUGGUUUUUCCGAUGUACCUGCUGAGACAGCAAAAACAGAACACAGCAAUGACGCAACUCAAGUAGAGCGAGGGCAUGUUUUCGAAGCAAGGUUACAAUCAGUCAUUCCGCACAAAACACUUUCAGCCAUCUUUGCUUCGGCGCCUGGAGGGGCGUCGUCUAGCACGAAAAUUCUUCACGGAAAUCAGCCAGAAGCGCAAGCACGCAAGCCAAGAAGAUUUAGAACCUUCAGGAAAGUAGAGAAACAGGUCAUGCAACAAGGACUAGCAGAACAGCAAGUACGUCAAUACCACGACGACUCUGCUGCCAUGCAUCUGACAGAAGACGUGUUUUCUGACCAGACAGAGAGCUUCACGCUGCGGAUUCUGAAAUAUCAUGCGCAUAUGGGGUUUUUGGAUUCUAGCAUAGGGGUGCAAGUAUCAGAGAGGGUGUGGGGAAUUAUUGUGGCUGAUUUCACGAAGCUGGUUCUUGGAGUAGCAGCAAAGUUGCAUGACGUGUUUGUGGCAAGGGUUUCGCAUUCACUAGGUGGGAGGACUUCAGAAGAGGACAGGCAGGAGAGAGGGAAGAUUCGAGAAGAAGGGCAGACGAUGAAGACAGAAAACGAAAUAAGCCUCGCUCUACGUGCUGUCGCAAAGUUUGUGCUUCGUUUCACGACUCUCUUCACUGGCGCUGUGUAUCAGCUAGGAUUUCAGUACAGAAAUACAAACUCAAAGCUGCUGCUUUUCUCUGAAUUUGCAGACUGGUCAACGAAGAGGCUGCAAUCAAUGCGCGAGUUAGAAGAUGGAGGACAUGACGAAGGGCCAUUGGGGGUUGUUAUGGGUACAUCAAAUGUAAAUGUAAAGCCUACAACAAAUCGAGAGUAGAGCUAGAAGACAGUCCUCAGCGUCGCCGUUGAGUUUGAAAGUAAUUCGUGCGUCACGAUAAGUACAGAGCAAGCGGCUGAAGCGUAUCUUCUCUAAUCCCCUCUUACGCAAUCUAGAAGCUCUCUACCUCGCGGUUUGCAUGAUCGUCUUGGUUUUCGCCAGAGAAGUAGCCAGGGUGCCUGGCGUGACGAUUUGGACGCAGGUUGGGCAUGUGGAGUUUUACAAUUUCUUACUAGGUCACAGUUGGGGUGGUGUCGGGACUGCAGCUACAACUACUGAGGCAGAAGCUGGAAAAAGUGGAGAUGAAACUGGUAGAAGUGUCACAGGCUCUAGCUCGUUAAGGAACAGCCACGACGAGAACGGUGAUAGAAAGAGGCAUGACGCACUCGGCAUCUCUUCAAUGAUCGAUGCUGACUCCGCUUGGGCCUUAGAUACCCGGAAUCUUGUGGAAGCCAGAAGAGCGCAAGCGGGUGAGGCUGCACAUGCAGGAUUAGCAG